AUGAAGACCCAGAAUUGCUUUUACCUUCUUCCCCUUCUCAUCCUUUCACUUUACGCAACGACCAUUGGAGGCAAACGUGGUGUUCUUGAUGACAAUGAGUGGCAUCCAAUAAAGAACAUCAAAGAUCAACCUUACAUCAAUGUGCUCGGACAGUUCUCGGUGUAUAAGUACAACAGGAGGUCAAAGUCUCAAUUGCAGUACGUGAAAGUGGUGAAGGCCGACACCCGAUCCGAUAAAGGAACAUAUUACCGACUCAUCUUGGAGGCUAAGGAUGGUGCAGUCACCAAAUUAUACCAAGCUAUUUGGUUGGAAAGGCCUUGGGAGCUUCUUAGGAACCUUACUUCGUUUACUCCUAUAUCGAAUAAACUUUAA